UCGUUUCUCGGUGGACUCGUAAGAUCAAAGAGUUACGUCGGAUGGCGGAUUUUCUUUUUUGCGAACGCUAAUCACCGAUAGAUAAGAACGUUCCUAGCAGACACCGUGGCACCAUGGAAGAAAACAAGAACGCUCUCUUUACUCGUACGCUCGUUCGGCCGAGCUCAAGGAUACGUUCUCUCGGUCUUCGAUCGUGGAGGAGUGAUGUCAUUAAAAAUAACACCGAUAAGAUCGCGACAGCUGCAGGCCUGCUAAAGGAAUAGAAAAGAGAAAGAGCUGGACGGAGAUGGAAGGAAAGAGAAUCGUGUUUAUCCUCGAUACGAACGUUUUGCUUUCGACGAGAGCGACAUAAAUUUUAAAUUUUGCGAUAAUAUGUAGUUCGACGAUAUACGAUUCGCAUAUUUCUCGUGACACGAACAUCAGGUUACAAUUAUACUCGAGACUUUCCUGACGCGAGCAAACAGGUUUGUCACGUGCACGUAUCCUGAACUCGUUGAUGUAACAAAAUAACGAUAUAUUAAACACAUGUACGCGCAGGUAGUACGUGUUCUCUAACGACGAACGAGCGAGAAAUUUUUGUCUCUUCCUUUUUUUUUGCCAUCUCCUUUCUUUCUUCUUCUUUUUUUGCUUUCUUUUUUAUUUUGUUUUUUCUUUCCUCGAGGUCACAGUCGUGAGAAGAGCAAGACGGAUGGAGCAAAGAGCAAGAUCUUCCUUUUCUCUCGAAAAGUAGCUUUCGAGCUUACGACGGAAUCGAGGAGACCUUAGAAAUCGUCUUAUAGCCGAGCUACUUACGUUCGCGCGUUAUCCUCAGGCACGUCGACGUAGGCGUACAUAGGAAGCCUCCGCGUUUACGCAAUUACAUCUAACGGUACUCCGUGCCAACGGCGACACCUAGAAUCCUGCGAAAAUCGGCCUACGUCCGGUCUUUGCGAUCGCGUAAUAGCAUCAGCGUUGCGUCGAGACUAUUAGCAGUGAAAUCUCUUUAACGCGUCGACGAGCCACGAGCCAGAAGUAAUAGCGCAUCUGCCCGUACGUCUUUCAAAGGAAUCGUAAAAAAGAUUUGCCACGAAUGCGUGCCUGACGGUUUCGGAAAGGACUCUCGCUGUCCUCGAAAUCGUUUAACCGACGUCCUUUGGAUUUCUCGCGUUAUCGGAACGAAGAACGAUGACCAUCGAGACGUCGACUCCGUGCCAACGACGAGGAAGCUCAACGUAUCCCCGCUCGCUUUAUCGUCGAAGACGGACGUAUAAACGAAAGAGCGCGCGCGAGAGAAAGAAAGAGAGAAAGAGAUGGAAACGGUGCACGGCAGCGCGAUUUUCAGCCUUGACAUUGUCCUCAGCUGGCUCGAGCUUACGUAAUUCAACUGCGAACGGAACGAGCCACGUGCUAACGCGGCACACGCCUAAUGUGGUUGCUCGCGCGUGUCCACGCUCUUCGCCGCCCGCGAGUAGCACGAGCGGACGAGCCAGACCGUGCAAUUCUGGUACGCACCGGCUCUUCUUCCUACUCGUCUUUUGCGAUUAUACGGCAACAGGAAGGUCGCUACAAUUUCUCGAAGAGUACAUCGCGAAGGAGGUCCUGCCAUGUUUGGGCGACACUCGAGCAUCGACGUCCAUCUGCAGUCUACAAUCCUCUCUCUUCAGGCACGAAGCAAGAGACAUCGUUAGGCAUGCCGUUGGUGCCGACGACCAGGAUGCGGUUUUAUUCACGGGUCAAGGUUCGGCCGGUGCCCUUCGCACGCUUCUGCGACAUCUCGAUCUCUCAAAAUCCACCGUAGUUUUCGUGGGCCCGUUCGAGAACCACGACAACCUACAGCCGUGGCGUGAAUAUGGUGUCAAGAUGAUACGAGUGUCCGAAACCCGCGAGGGUUUCUUGGAUUUGAACGAACUCGAACGAGGUCUGGCCAAGAUGCGUGCGGAAGGCGUUGCGCAAAUGAUCGGAUGCUUCAGCGCGGCCAGUCGUAUAACCGGGGUUUUGACGGAUGACGUUGCCACGACCCUUCUUCUACAUCAGUACGGUGCCCUCAGUGUCUGGGAUUAUACCACCGCAGCGCCGUAUACUCAGAUCGACAUGAAUCCGCAUCUACCGGGAAUGAGCGAAUCCACGGCGCACAAGGAUGCAAUUUUCUUCGCUGGGCACAAGUUCGUAGGGGGCGUCCAAUCCCCCGGGGUGCUCGUCAGUAAAAAAUUUCUUCUAAUGGACGAGACAAGAGCCGAAGACAUGAGGGACAGUCAUCGGUACCUGACCAAUCCCGAGCUUCGCGACGAAAGUGGAACCGCCGGAGUGGUGGAGAGCAUUCGUUGCGGACUGGCGAUUCAACUGAAGGAGAACGUGACGCCACGGGCGAUCGUCAAUCGUCAAGACAAAAUUUCCAGGCAAGUGCUGGCCCACGUACGCACAAUUCCAGAAUUGAUUUUACUCGGGAGCGCAUCGCAAAACGUCAAAAGGCUACCCAUCUUCUCGUUCAUGGUCCGGCACCCGCGUGGCACGUUUCUCCAUCACAAUUUCGUGUGCGCCGUGUUAAACGACGUUUUCGGCAUACAGGCCAGAAGUGGGUGCGCUUGCGCCGGCCGUUACGCUCACAAUUUGAUGGGAAUCGACGCGGAACUGGCGAAGGAGUACGAAAAUUUAUUGACGCAGAGUCGAGCCAACGAGGGAAGCGAGGAGGUCAACACCGAGGCACUGAGGCCCGGAUUCGCCAAGCUCUCCUUCCCCUACUUCAUGUCCGAGGCCGAAGUCGCGUUCAUUCUGGAGGCCUUGAAGAUGGUGGCCACCGAGGGAUGGAAGCUCUUGCCGCAAUACGUUUUAAAUCCUCAGACCGGCGAGUGGCGGCACCACACCAACGGCAUAUUGAAGGAACGAAAAUUGUUGGGAACUAUCAGAUACACCGACGGCAGAAUGAACGCGUCCGAAAGGAGAGCGUCCGGAUCGGGCGCUUUUCCGCAAAGCUACGCGGACUGCCUGCAAACGGCUCGAAAUAUUUUCAAUCGUGCGCGUAAGAUGGCGCAAAGGUAUCCCCUGCAAACCGAUCGUAUCUUUAACUUCAUCUCGGAACAAACGGAACCGUUGCGCUGGUUCAUGUUGCCGAGCGAGGCGCAAGAUCUGCUUCUGGGAAAUUCUCAAAACGUGAAGCAGGAAGUACCUUUCAAUCCCACGUUAGCCUCGCACAGGAUCGCGCACGCGACACCGGUAACGAGCACGCACGAGAGUCUCGUUAACAGUUUGACCACGGCCAACGGCAUGAGACGCCUGAACAGCGACAUUCCUCGAACCGGCAAUAUCCCCAUAUCGCCGAAUUCGCCGCGACAUCGAAGUCUUCCCGCGCUGAGCACGAUAAGGAGAAACGCGAGCGCGUCGACGACCGAGGCCAAGGCUAGUACGUCGGAGAUCGACGGCGGCGGCACCGACGACAAGCGAUCGAUGCGAACCGAGAGCGGGAAUUCGUCGACUGGUGGUGGUCACAAGUCCCCCGCCACUUGCCCGAGCUCGCCGAUGCCGAUACGAUUCGCCGUGGGCGAGGCGGUUACGCCGUCGGCCCUCUCCUCGUGCAUGUCUCACGCGGUGGUGGUCGAUCGACCGACGAAGGAACAGAGAGAUUUGAUGGAGGCGAGGGACGGCGGACGCGCAAGGUGCAACUCCUUGGGUAGUACGACCGGGACGAGUAACAACGCGAGCAGCAAUCGGUCCGGUAUGUCCUCCUCGUCCUCGCCCAUACCGGUACUCCCCUUGAGCCCUCAAACGUUGACGAGUUUGGGUUUCACGCCGCCGCGCUCGGACGUUAACGGGUCGAAACAGAAACGACUUCAUUGCAGCUGCAGCAGCCAAACGGAGCUUAAUUCCCUCGAGUUGGACGCGAUGAGCAAUCUGAGCCAUUCCAUGUCGUCUUUCAAUUAUCACGGCGUCGCCUCCCCGCCCUCCUCGUAUUCCUCGGUCGGAGAGUACGCGGAAAGGCUCGUCGGCGGCGGUAGGUCCUCGCCCAUAUACUCGAACGUCGGUCAAAGAUCCGACGACGAUUUGAGCGCUUACUUGAAGGAAGUAACGAAGGAGCUGGCGACGGAGAUAAAAUCGGAGAUUCGCGAGGUCAUAUCCAAGGUAGACGACGCGCUCUCGGAGGCCAACACCUCCGAGAAUACUCCCCAGCAUCACUCGCGCAAUCACAGCGCCGUUAGCCAGGUCUCCAACGAGGACCGACAGUUCAGGCACGAUUCCUUUACGGCCAGCGACAUCGCCGAGUACUUGAUGGAAUUUUCGAAGGAAAUGGCGAGCGAGGUCAAGUCCGAGAUCAGGUGUAUGGUGAACGCGGUCGACGGGCUUCACAGGCACUCGCCGGACGCCUCGGCCUCGGACGUGUCGUCGAACGGAUGCGAGUCCCCGGACAGAGGGAGAGCUUCCUUAUCGAACGCUUCUCCUCGGGUAUCGAAUUCCAGAAAACACGGUACCUCCGAGAUAACCGGUAAGAUCGGCGAAUUGACGCAACAGGAGAGCAAGAUGUCCAGCGAGUGUUCCUCCGACGAGACGGUGAUCUUCGUGAUGAAGCCGACGGAAACCGAACGGAUGAUCGCCGGUAAUCGUGCCAAAACCGACGACGAGAACGACGUGGACGACGACGUGGACGACGAUUCCCACGAGCGUACCGGACCGGAGGACAUGGGCGACGCUAGGAAGAUCCUACCAAAGAUUUAUUCGGCCGUGAAUUCGGUAAGUUCUCAGGACAGUGGGAUCAACCUUUCCUUUCACGAAAGCGACAAGUCGAUCGAAUCGACGGAAUUGAAACGUAGCAGUAGCGCCGAAUCGAAUUCCACGAACAGUUACGGUCGAAAGUCUAGAACGACGAACUCGAUGUCUGGUUUAUCCGGUAAAUCUUCCUCGAAACAGCUCGUACGUCAGAACGACGAUCUCUCGGAGGACGAGGAGCUGUCGUCGGACUUGCGAGAGGAGGACGGCGAUCCGGAGGAAGAGGGUUUGAAGUUCGAAGGUAAAGACGAUACGAGGAACGUUCAGCCGCGCGUUCAAUGGCACUCCGCGCCGAGAAACAUUUGGAAACCAACGGUCGAGGCUAUACAGGAGUUCGACAUGAUUCGCGACAACGACAGGGUGCUCCUGUGUCUGUCGAUACUGGGAAAGGACUCGUUGUCUCUCUUGCACACGCUACAUCAGUACAGAUUGCACGCGAGGUCAAAGGGAAUCGAUUUCGAGAUCGGCGCUGCCACGAUCGACACCGGUGGCACGACGUUCGAUCGGCUCGAGACUACGAGACAUUUCAAGGUUUUGGACGUUCCUUACUUUUACGAAGAGUUGGCGGUCGAUCCGACGACGACCACGACGACGACUGUGACGCCGACGACGACCACGACGGCGACUGUGACGCCGACUGUGACGCCGCCGCCGCCGCCGACGACGACGACGACGACGACGACGACGACGACGGGCACGGAGAGUCAAGCCGAGGAGUCCCUUUCCAACGAAGCCUGCAGCUUUUGCAACAGAUCCAUCAGAGCGCAAUUGUACGCGAUCGCGAAACGUCACGGUUACAACGUAUUGGCACUCGGGCAACACUUGGACGACCUGACGGAAGGCUUCCUCUCGUCGGUCUUUCACGGUGGCCAACUAAAGACCAUGAAGGCGCAUUACUACAUUCGCCGACAAGAUCUCCGGGUCAUCAGACCCUUCGUCUACGUCAGCGAGAAGGCUUUGAGACAAUUUUCACGAGGCAAACGAUUCGCUUCGUACGAAUCAAAAACGAGUGAACUUUCGGAGAAACAGAAACACGGCAAAGAUAUAUUGAUCCAGCAACAGGAACGAGCUUAUCCGCGUAUAUAUUGGUCCGUACGUACGGCCCUUCGGCCGUUAAUAAUUUCGCACGGACAGUUGCCGGACUUCGACGCGACUUGCAGCAAUAUGACCAAUAGUCCGAGCAGUAGCAGCGGGGUCAGCAGCGUCAGCACCGCCAGUAGCAGCAACGCCGCCGCCAACGGUGGUAGUAAUCAACAAAAGAGGUAUCGAAGGACGAAAACGAAUUCGGUUUCCUCGGCGUCGACCGUCCACCAUUCGUCCUCCCAACGACUCGACGACAACGACGAGACCGACGAGGAGCCGGUCCUUUGAGGAGGACCGUUCGCGAGAUGGGAUCCAAAGCGGCGUCCUUCAGUCUCAUCUUCGCGUGCACGUCGACGAGUACCCCCGUCUACGUCAGCCCUUCUCGCACGAAGGAGACGACAGCGUUUCGCCGCUACGAACGCCGCGGCUGUCGUCGUUGCGAACGAACCGGAGUCGUUCGAGCAUUGAACGAAAGGAAAACGGAAAGGGAAACGACUAAAUUCCAACGAUUGUCCAUCGCUUUGUUUCGCAAACAACGACGACGCGCAUAUUUUGACUUUGGAGUUCGCUUGAAACUUUACGUGAUACGGAACGAGCGACGACGAGAUCAUCGAAUCUUUCUUCUUUUUCUUCCGCCGAACACGUCGGUUUCUUUUCCUAGUACAUGUAUGUGUAUGCGUAUAUUAUGUGUUGGCGUGCGCGAGUCUGGCCAGCCGAGAGGGAAACUCGGAGAGGAUCGAGCGUCGACGGCGAUUACGGCGAUUACGGCGGCUGAAAAGCACAAGAGAACGUAAACGAAAGAAGGAUCGCUCUCGUCGGUAUCGCUACCGAUUGGUCUUAGGUGGAAGACGACGGAAAGGUCGAUCAUUCGAUCUACUCGCGAUCGAGAGAAACACGGACGAUACGACGAUAAAGUGUUUGGUGGUAUACGUAGAGUCGUCUCGAGGAGAGGACGUGGGCCGUGUCGCGUUUGUGCGUCGAACGCUCGUCGAACGCUGUCGAACUGCUUAGCGUACUCGUUAGCGCGUAUAACGUCGUUAGAAAGAAUUUCGAAGUGGAUUUUGACGUUAGGAUUCUUCGUCGAUUAGUAGAUAAAAGCGGGAAAAUGGAAAAGCGUCGAGAUACACGAAAGCAGUUUUAUUCGUCUUAGCUGAAACGAGUCUCGUAUCGUUUCGAAUACUCCAAGACGAUUUUUUUCGCGCGGUCAAGGAAAUUGUCGGCCUUGAUGUUCGAACGUUUCACGAGAGGGAUAAAUAACAUACGUUGGACGCGCUCGCGUGUACGUAUGAUUAUCGAAAGAUAAUUUUACGACGCUUUCCAGAUUCCAUUUAUUUCGAUUGUCCGCAACGCACGGCAUUGCAUGCACGCAUAAACGCUUAUGCAGAAGAGGAGAAUGACGAAGAAAAUGAAAGAAACGCGAACGCUGUUUAAACGAAUCAACCGAAAAUCUUAUUCUUCUCGAGUGAUAAUAAUCGUAACUGGGAUUAUCUAACUCAACUCUUAAUGGACAUUAUCAUUAAUUCAUGCUCCUUCAUAUCUGUAAUCUACGUUAGACCGACAUUAGUAGUUGCGAACGAACGUUUCGCGCCGUGAAAGGCGCGAAUGGGAAGGAAAAAAUAAAGAAAAGAUAAAAAACGCGGAUAAAGCGGUAGACGAUACGCGAUCGAUUCGAGCAAAAACAGUCGCUCGAACGACGUGGCCCAUACGUCGCGAUGAACGUUUCGUCGCAGGAAAGAAUUUCGAACGAUUCGUAACGAAGUUCCGGGUUGAUUUUUUCAUCGCGAAGCUCUGCGCACGAGAGGCGAUCUCCGAUUUUGAAAGAUCUUCCCUCGUUCGACUUUUCGAUCGAAAGGAAUACGUACGCGUUUCUCGUGCACUUUCUACACAUGUACUUAGUUGUAAAUACGUACAGAUGUAAGGAAAAAGAAAAAAAAAAAGGAAAAACCGCGAUCGUUCGAAGUUCACACUCUUGACGACGAACGAACGAGGGAGUUGGUUUCGAUCUCGCUGGUUUAGAAUUUAGGGAGCUCGAGUGGUCGCGUAUCGAUGCAUCGAUUUAAAUCGUUUUUGAUCGGCGAUACGAGCCAACGCUCGAUCGAACCGAUCGUCCACGUUUAACGUAACAUUUUCCUUAUUUUUUUCCUUUUUUUGUUUAGGGCCGUAUACAGAAGCAUAGGUAAAAGAAAAGCGGCGAUCGCAUUGAUUUCUUCUCGUCUAUUCGUUGAUCUUUUUUCUCUUUUUUUCUUUUGUUUUUUUUUUCUCUCUUUUUUUUGUCUCACCUGUUGUAAGAUAACGCGAGAAAAAUCCGACAGCAUUUUUCCGUCCUGCAUUUGUCAAAAUAGCGGAAGGACGAUCGUUGCUGCGAAGAAGAGAAUCGUAUCUUCGUUUAUGAAGAAUCUCUUACGUUACGAAAAAGUCCUUUACGAAGUCGCUGCGAUCGAAAAAAAUUCUGCGAAUAGUCGAAAAGUAAAACCGAAAAAUCGUCAUAACUCUUCUAUUACGUAUGACCCAAUGUUCCAUACGGCUAUUGUAUGUUCGCUGUUGUUAGAACUCGUAAGUCUCGCAUUAUAGCUCGCAUGUAAAACGCACGCAACGUAAAACAAAAAAAAAACAAAAAAGAAAUAAGUCGUCCAUCCGUCGUACGUCUUUCGUGCCGCGUGGAUUUUUUCAAAGAUUCGUUUCGUCUCUACGCCGCGAAAGAGACAAUUGGACAAUUGGACGAACGAAAGGUUGGAUGGUGAGAGCUUGAGGGGAAAAAGGUUGGAAAAUGGUGGAUGAACGAAGGAAGGAGUGGGAGAGAGCGAAAGAAGGAAAUCUUGAUCUAUAAAAUCCUUACGAAUAGAUAUUAUUAUAUUUUCCGAGAAUUACGAGAGGUCAUUGUUACUGUAAAGAUAUGUAAGUUUAUUUAUCGCUAAUAAAAACGAAUGUUUAAAGAAAA